CUGCCCCGUGAGGACGGGCCCGUCCCGCCGGCGCUGAGGCGCGCCCCGGGGCGCCGAGCGGAGGGUCCGGGGCGGCAGGCGGACCGCCCCCACCGAGCCGAGCCGUGACGCCCCGCCCGCACCCCCGGCGGGCACCAUGGCGGCGGGCGGUGCGCUGUGCGGGUCCCGGGAAGGCUCCGCCGGGCUCUGGGACUGGAACCAGACAUGGUAUACAAGCACCCCAAGAUUUACCUGGUGUUUUGAGAGUACAGUCAUUGCUUGGAUCCCUUGUGUCUAUCUUUGGAUCUGUUUUCCUUUCUACUACUUGUAUCUUCGACACAGAAAAAAUGGCUAUAUCAGGAUAUCCCACAUCUUCAAAGCCAAAAUGGUCCUUGGAUUCACCCUGGUAAUAUUGUGUUUUUCUAAUGUCUUCUUUGCACUGUGGGAGAUAAGCCAUGGAAUCCCACGGGCUCCAGUGUUCUUCAUUAGCCCCACCAUGGUGGGAAUCACAAUGAUCCUUGCCAUGUUCCUUAUCCAUGUGGAAAGAGUGAUGGGCAUCCGGUCUUCAGGCAUCUUGUUGGUUUUCUGGCUGCUCUCAUUCAUGGCUGCAGUUGUGAUGUUUAGUUCCAAAGUCCAACAGGCCCUGGAAAGAGGCUUCCUGGAAGACCAUUUCCGCCAGGUUACAACUUACCUUUAUGCUAGCCUGGUGCUAGGAGAACUUGUGCUAUUCUGCUUAGUUGAUCACCCUCCCUUCUUCUCUAAAGCUGUCAACAAUGCUUGUCCAGAAGCCAGCAGCUCUUUUCUUUCCAAAAUCACGUACUGGUGGUUCUCUGGGCUGGUCUGGAAAGGCUGUCAGCAGUCCUUGUGCGGGGAUGACUUGUGGACAGUGAGGAAAGAGGACUCCUCUGAAGAAAUUGUUGCCUGGGCUGAAAGAGAGUGGAAGAAGUAUCACAGCAGAACCCAGCAAAAAAUAGAGUCUGCUACAUUUAAAAAGGGUCAGAAGAGUGGAACUGGCAUAGCAGAAGCUGAAGAGACCGAGGUUCUACUGCAGACAGAGCACAGUCCAAGCGGGCCCUUACUGAAAACAUUUUGGAGUAUGUUUGGAACCUAUUUCCUUCUCAGCACUGUCUGCUUAGUUAUCUGUGAUGUCUUCUUGUUUUCCAUCCCAAAGUUACUGAGCCUUUUCCUGGAGUUCAUUGAAGAUCAAGAAGCCCCUGCCUGGCACGGCUAUUUCUAUGCCUUGGCUAUGUUCCUUUUGGCUUGUCUCCAGACUCUGUUUGAACAACGAUAUAUGUACAUGUGUCUUGUUCUGGGAUUGAGACUGAAAACUGCAGUAACAGGGCUUGUGUACAGGAAGAUCCUAGUCAUGUCCAAUGCAUCAAGGAAAGCAGCAACAGUAGGUGAAAUUGUUAAUCUGGUAUCUGUUGAUGUCCAAAAGCUAAUGGAUCUGAUUAUCUACUUCAAUGGGACCUGGCUUGCUCCUAUUCGGAUUAUCAUCUGCUUUGUCUUCCUGUGGCAGCUUCUUGGGCCAUCUGCCUUGGCUUCAAUUGCUGUAUUCCUUUUUCUUUUGCCUCUGAAUUUUGUGAUCACCAAGAAGAGGAGUCAGUUUCAGGAGAUCCAGAUGAAACAUAAAGAUGAGCGGGCCAAACUCACCAAUGCCAUUCUCAGUGACAUUAAAGUAAUCAAACUGUAUGGCUGGGAGAAAACCUUCAUGGAGAAAGUGCUUGGUAUCCGGAAGCAAGAACUUCAGGCGCUAAAAAAAUCUCAGAUUCUCUUCUCAGCAUCUCUGGCGUCUUUCCAUUCAUCAACUUUCCUGAUUGCGUUUGUCAUGUUUGCUGUCUACACCCUGGUGGAUACCUCACACGUCCUGGAUGCUCAGAAGGCCUUUGUAUCUUUAACACUGAUCAAUAUUCUCAACACUGCACACUCCUUCCUGCCAUUCUCCAUAAAUGCUGCUGUCCAGGCCAAAGUUUCUUUAAACCGCUUAGCAGCUUUUCUGAAUCUGGAAGAACUGAAUCCUGAGAGCUCAAGUAGAAACACUUCUGACUGUGUACAGGCAAGUAUCACCAUAAGAAAUGGGACUUUUUGCUGGAGCAAAGAAACCUCUUGUCUUAGAAGAAUAGAUCUUACUGUGCCCCAAGGCUCCUUGCUUGCUGUAGUUGGCCAGGUGGGUGCUGGAAAGUCCUCACUGCUGUCAGCAUUACUUGGCGAGCUGGAGAAGACCGACGGCUGUGUGACCAUGAAGGGCAUCGCAGCUUAUGUCCCCCAGCAAGCCUGGAUACAAAAUGCUUCAGUGGAGGAUAAUAUUCUCUUUGGGAAAGAGAUGGAUGAAACAUGGUUCAAUAGAGUGAUAGAUGCUUGUGCACUGCAACCUGAUUUGGAGUGCUUCCCUGCAGGGCGGAAGAGUGAAAUAGGAGAGAAGGGAAUAAAUAUAUCUGGAGGGCAGAAGCAAAGAGUGAACCUUGCUCGUGCCGUGUACCAGAAGGCUUCGAUUUACCUACUAGAUGACCCCCUCUCGGCUGUUGAUGCCCAUGUUGGACAGCACAUUUUUGAACAUGUUCUGGGACCCAAUGGCUUACUGAAGGAUAAGACUCGUGUGCUGGUGACUCACACAAUCAACAUUUUACCUCAAGUGGACAACAUUGUUUUUCUGGUGGAUGGAACUAUCUCAGAAGUAGGUUCCUACCAAGAACUUCUACAGAGAAAUGGGGCCUUUGCAGAAUUUCUUCAUUCACACAUUACUGCAGAAGAGAAGGCAGGCACUGAUUUUCCAGCUAUAGGAGACGCCAGAUGCACCAUCACCUCUAGAAAUGGUCCAUCACAGGAGAAGCUCUCUAGUGACAGUUCAGUCAAAUCUUCUGCUAUGGAAAGGGAGACCGUUCCUGUAAGCCAAGAUUGUCCCACUGCUCCAGCCACCAAAGGAAGAUUAACCAAGGGAGAGAAAACCCAGCACGGCAGGGUUAAUACUUUGAUUUAUGCAGCCUACCUGAAGGCGAUGGGCUUACCACUGUGUGUGUACAUCAUUCUGUUGUUCAUGUGUCAGCAAGCUGUGUCCUUCUCUCGUGGUUACUGGCUCAGCCUGUGGACAGAUGACCCUGUUCACAAUGGGACACAACAGCACACGGAGCUGAGAGUUGCAGUCUUUGGUGCACUAGGAGUCAUUCAAGCCCUUGGCAGAUUUGUCUCCACAGCAGCAGUCCUUCUAGGUGGCGUGUUAGCAUCACACAAGCUGUUUGUGCAGUUGCUGAGGAACGUUGCCAGAUCCCCAAUGGUCUUCUUUGAGCAAACACCCAUUGGAAACUUGCUGAACCGCUUCUCCAGAGAAAUGGAUGCUAUUGAUUCUGUCAUCCCUGACAAGCUAAAGUCCUUACUGGGAUUCUUGUUCAACUUGCUGGAGAUCUACCUUGUGAUAAUAGUGGCUACACCAAGGGCAGCAAUGGCCAUAGUGCCCUUGACUGUUCUUUAUGCUGCAAUCCAGCACUUCUAUGUCAUCACCUCCUGCCAGCUGAGACGCAGAGAGGCUGCCAGCAGGUCACCCAUCUACUCCCACAUCUCAGAAACUUUCCAGGGGAGCACUGUGAUCCGUGCUUACAAGGACCAGGAGAGGUUUAUUUUGAAGAACAAUUUUCUGGUGGAUGAGAACCAGCGAAUAUGCUUCCCUGGAGCAGUUGCUGACAGGUGGCUUGCUACAAACCUGGAGUUUCUAGGCAAUGGCAUCGUGUUGUUUGCAGCACUAUUUGCAGCAAUGGGCAGAACACAUCUUAGUCCAGGAACUGCUGGCUUCUCCGUUUCAUAUGCUCUUCAGAUAACUGGUGUUCUGAACUGGAUGGUGCGUUCCUGGACGGAGAUAGAGAACAACAUUGUUUCUGUGGAGAGAGUGAGAGAAUACUUGAAGACUCCUAAGGAGGCACCCUGGACUCUGAAUGGCAAACUUGAAGAUCAAGUUUGGCCCACUGCAGGAAGAAUUGAGUUUAGAAACUAUAGUUUGCGAUACAGGCCCGGUUUGGAGUUAGCACUGACACGUGUCAGUCUCACCAUCAACGGGCGAGAGAAGAUCGGCAUAACUGGGAGAACAGGAGCUGGGAAAUCGACUCUUGCUGUGGGAUUGCUGCGAUUAGUGGAAGCUGCAGAAGGAGCGAUCCUAAUUGAUGGAAUAGAUAUUGCUCAACUAGGCCUCCAUGACCUCAGAACCAAGAUAACUGUCAUUCCCCAGGACCCAGUUUUGUUUUCUGGCUCUUUAAGAAUGAAUCUCGACCCAUUAAACCAAUGCACUGAUGCAGACAUCUGGACAGCUUUGGAACUGACUCAGCUCAAGAACUUUGUUGCAGAUUUGCCAGAUCAGUUGGAAUAUAAGUGCGCUGACCAAGGGGAAAAUCUAAGCACUGGUCAGAAACAGCUGGUUUGUCUGGCCAGGGCACUUCUUCGGAAAGCCCAAAUCCUCAUUCUAGAUGAGGCCACAGCAGCAGUGGAUUUAGAAACCGAUCUUCAGAUUCAGUCCACCCUGAGGACUCACUUCAAAGACAGCACGGUGUUAACAAUAGCUCACCGGAUAAACACCCUCAUGGACUGCGACAGGAUUUUAGUCUUGGACAAUGGUCGGAUCGCAGAAUUUGAUACUCUGGAAAACUUAAUAGCUCAGAAGGGACUGUUCUACAGACUGAUGGAAGAAUCAGGCCUCGCGUGACUCUCAGAGUACACCGUAAUGCCACUACUAUCAGGAAUAAUUGUUCUUGUAAUUGAGUUAUCUUGGUUUCACUCUAAAAUGCUUGACGCUCAACCAAAUCUUGUUUGAGCUAUAACCGCAGUGAGUAGAUCAAAAGGGAUACCCUGUUAUUUCCAUAGGAAACUCAGCAAUUCCAUUUUCAUUAUGUUUCCAGAUACCAAAACCUCACUCUUCUGUUGAAAAUGAGCCAGUCAGAACUUAAACACCUUGUUGCUUUUAUGGUAUAAAAGCAAACAAGGCAAAAGAAAAAUACAACAGCCUUUCUGAUUUAUACUAUAAACGGAGCCCGAAUAUACUGCCACACUUAAAGAUUACAGAGAUUGUUUUUAAAGGCCAACGAGAUUUUAUGGACAGCAAACAAGAAUUUCACUGGUAGUAAGAAAACUUAACUGUUUACAGCGUGUCCUGAAGUUCCAGGCAGAACAAAUUUCACCUUUUGCCAACGUCGUAAGGCCCGCUCACCUGAGCCCUGCUCUUACGCGCGUGUGGGGGGGGCUCCAAGGCAGCAGCUGGAUCUUGUCUCCCAAAGUGCACAAAACUGGGGGCGCAGGAAAAGGAAGUGGGGUGCCACUAAGCACGAGAGCUGCCCCCAGGUCUCAGGAAUCCCAGCAAGAAAAUGUGACAAAUCACACUGUGAGAUACUGCUGUUUACUGUGACUUUUGUUAAAGGACCUAAUUUUUGAGAAAGCUGAAAUAAAAAUAGAAUCAA